GUGGUUGGCAAUUUUGCAUAAGACAGUCGGAUGUGGCGAUUUGGAUUGUCGAUGUUGUUCAGCUGGUCGCUCACUCGCCCUAUCAUUCAUUUACACUGUGAACUUGAAAUUUCACAUCAUUGCUGUGCUAUCAGUACACAGUGCGAUACUUCCCCUCUUUUGUAUCAGAUCGCCCUGAGCCCUCGGGAUACACUGCUUACAAGUUCUUUUCCAAAAAAUACUCAACAUGAAGCCUCUCAUCUUAGUACUCUUUUCGGCAGUCGUGGCCUUGGCGACACACCACGGACAUGCCAACUUCCAUCGUCGUAACAUCGAACUCACACGAGGUGUCGAUGACCUUAUCGACACAGUCAAGAACAAAACGGAUGAACUUGCGGACAAGGUCUCUGAAGCCGUCGACUCAGUUCUCGCUCGUGUAGAGUCCUGGAUAAUCCCAGCAACCUGCCCGUGGAAGAUCCCCUGGCCAUUGCCAGGCACACCUCAGCCGACCGUCGACAAUGUCGACAUCCCUCAGCUGUCUUUAUUUCCGCGGCCCACCUCCAUUGCCAACACGCUGACUAUCUACAACUUCUGCGACUACGAUCUCUACUUCGAGCCCCACAUUGGCAACACCAUCGAAGACAUCGGCCACAUCCCCGCCGGUGGCAAGCUCGAUCGCCCAUUUGAGGCAGCACCUGAGGGAUCUGGGGUUAACCUCAAAGUCUCAAAGACUGAAGGCGACUACUCUAAGCCCGUCCAGAUCGAAUAUGCCGUCUCCGCUGGAACGGUAUGGUACGACAUCAGCCUUAUUGACUGUCUAGGCCGUACUGAAGACGGACUCCGUAACAGCGAUACAACUGACUGUGCAGGACAUGAGGCUGGACUGCAGAUGGGACCUGCUGAAGAUGCGCUGAGCUUCCAGUGUGGAGCUGGUGCCUGGUGUGAUGAUCAAGCUUACCUUUACGAGGAGAAUCUUUGCAAGAAGAGCAACCCUAACUCUGCAUGCGCCGCUAAGAAAGGCAUGGCCGUUGAGUUCUGUGCCAGCAAGCGAAAAUGAUGAUUUAUUUGAUGGCUGAUCACGGGCGGUUUAGAACAGGAUAUGGGGUGACGAUAUAAAUGAAGAUGAAAGUAUUCAAUUCUGCGAUCCUGCUGUGGCUUGGAACUCUGAGCGCUUGCUUUGUAGUAUGUGAUUUGACGAAGUGUUUCUUAGAAGUCCUGCUGCUGUACAUCAUCUGCUCACACACAUGUAGAGGUUCAUUACUCAUGGUUU